AUGGAGACAAUUCCCAUUCCAGGGCCACCAGGCUUGCCGCUUCUCGGAAAUAUAGGGGACAUCGAUACAAAAAAUAUUGUUGGGAGUGUUGUUAGUUUAGCAGAGAAAUAUGGCGAAAUCUACAGAAUUAACGUCGGAGGUGUAAAUCGAGUCAUCAUUUCCACUCAAGCGCUGAUGGAUGAGAUAUGUGACGAGAAGCGCUUUACCAAAGUGGUUGGUGGGGGAAUCAAGGCACUCAGAUACGCGGUCAAUGAUGGUUUGUUUACAGCUUAUAUGGAUGAGCAUAAUUGGCAGGUAGCACAUCGUACGCUUAUGCCCGCGUUUGGCCCGUUAUCGACCGCUGGUAUGUUUGAUGAGAUGCAUGAUAUUGCAUCGCAGUUAGUGGCGAAAUGGGCGCGUUUUGGGCCGGAUGAGAGGAUAGAUGUUGGUGCUGAUUUUACACGGUUGACUUUGGAUACUAUUGCGCUAUGUUCUAUGGAUAAGAGAUUCAACAGCUUCUACCGCGAAGAUAUGCAUCCAUUCGUCGAGACCAUGGUCAGCGUUCUCGAAGAGUCGCAAACGAGGGGUAGUUUGCCGACAGUGCUCAAUAUGUUUAGACGUUCAGCUCAGAGAAAGUAUGAUGAGGAGAUAGCUUGGAUGAGAGGGAUCUGUGAAGAGAUGAUCGCCCAUCGACGGAAAAAUCCUUUAGAGAAGAAAGAUCUUUUGAAUGCUAUGAUUCAUGGGAAAGAUCCCAAGACGGGUUGUUACAUGACGGACGAGAGUAUUGUUGAUAAUAUUCUCACUUUUCUCGUCGCUGGCCACGAAACGACCUCCGGGCUUCUCUCCUUCGUGUUCUACCUCCUCAUCAAAAACCCCGCCAUCAUGAACCUCGCUCGCGAAGAAGUAGACAAAGUCCUCGGUACCGGCCCAAUUACACCACAACACAUGAACCAAUUCCCAUACCUCGAAGCCAUUCUAAAAGAAACAUUGCGUCUGUAUCCCACGGCGCCCGCUAUCGCAAUGGCUCCCGUGCCAGAAACCACGGAGUAUCCGAUUUUCCUGGCCGGAGGAAAGUAUCAGCUUAAUAAAGGAGAUAAUCUUCUUGCACUGCUGGUUAAAAUCCAGAAGGAUCCGCUGGCGUUUGGGGAUGAUGCUGAGGAGUGGAAGCCAGAGAGGAUGUUGGAGGAGAAUUUUGCUAAGUUGCCGCCGAAUUCGUGGAAGCCUUUUGGAAAUGGAGCGCGUGGGUGUAUUGGUCGGCCAUUUGCUAUGCAAGAAGCUAUCUUGGCGACAGUGAUUCUGAUUCAAAAUUUUGAAUUCUCGCUGGACGAUCCGAGUUAUGAACUUCAGAUAACGCACGCCCUGUCUAUUAAGCCAAAGGGGUUUUACAUGAGAGCUUCGUUGAGGGAAAAGUUGGAUGCGACGGGGAUAGAGAAGAAGAUUCAUGGAAAUGGCUUGGCUUGUGAAAAGACAGGAAAGCUGGCGAUUAACCACACAGUUGUUUCGAAUGGAACCGAAAAGCACCCGCUGACCAUUAUAUACGGUUCGAAUUCAGGUACUUGUGAGGCUUUGGCGCAGAGUCUUGCAAGAGUUGCGGGAACUCGUGGGUUUGAAGUCCGUGUUGAUCCUCUGGAUUCAGCUACCGAUGAUGUUCCUAAAAGUCAGCCUUUGAUUAUCAUAUGUCCGAGUUAUGAGGGUCAGCCGCCGGAUAAUGCUGCUCAGUUCUUUGGUUGGCUUGAAAAGUUGAAAGAUGGGAAGAGCUUGCAGAAUGUUGAGUUUACGGUGUUUGGCGUUGGGAAUCGCGACUGGACAUCUACAUUCCACAAAGUCCCGAUGAAUCUUGACAGAUUACUUGCAGCGAAUGGAGGUACUCGUAUUGCAGCUCUCGGACUCGGUGAUGUAGCUAAAGGAGACAUUUUCAACGACUUCGAUUACUGGCAGGACAACGUUCUGUGGCCUGCUAUUCAAGGAAGUGGAUCGAGUACGAAAAACGUAGUAGCUGAACUCGACCUCGAAAUCGAUACAUCAGCUCGAAGCCAGACCCUCCGACAAGAUCUUCAAGGCGCUGUAGUUCUCUCAAAUAAGAUAUUGACCGCUCUCGGCGUACCAGAAAAACGACAUAUUGAGAUCCAACUUCCGAAGGGAAUGAACUACACAGCUGGAGAAUACCUUGCUAUUCUCCCUACCAACAGCCAGACGAACGUCCGAAGAGUGCUCAAACGCUUCGGACUACCAGCAGAUGCCAUGAUCACAAUCAGAAACGUAAACGCAGGAAGCACCUUACCAGCCACCCAUCCAGUAUCAGUCACAGACCUCCUAAGCUCUUACGUCGAACUAAACCAACCAGCUACAAAACGCAACAUCCAAGUCCUCGCCUCCCUCCCCACAACCCCCUCAACCCGCACCGCUCUCCUCGCCCUUACAACAAAUACCACAACGAAGAACACACCCCCACCCUCCCUCCUCACCCUCCUUGAAACCCACCCCACCCUCCCCAUCCCCUUCCAAACCUACAUCUCCCUCCUCCCUCCCCUCCGCACCCGUCAAUACUCCAUCUCCUCCUCUCCCCUCGCAACUCCAGACGUCGUCAGCAUAACCUUCUCCAUCCUACCCUCCGGCGUCGCUUCAACCUACCUCGCAACCCUCGAGCCAGACGAUAUAAUGCACAUCGCCGUCAAACCUACAAUCCUGUUCACUCUCCCUGAACACAUGGGGAAGACGCCCAUCAUCAUGAUCGGUGCAGGCGCCGGCAUCGCACCAUUCCUCGGGUUCUUGCAAGAACGCGCCGCCCUGCUCAAUCGCAACUCAGAACUGAGCUUGGCGCCUGCGUGGUUAUUCCUCGGAUGUAGAGCGCCGGAGCAAGACGCGCUGUUUGCUGAUGAACUUCGAGCGUAUGAGGAUGCGGGGGUGGUAAGGGUUUAUUAUGCGUACUCGCAGGAGGAGGGGAAGAGUAGGGGGUGUAGGUAUGUGCAGGAUAGGGUGUGGGCUGAACGGGGGGAGAUUGGGGGGUUGAUUAGGGGAGAGGGCAAGAUUUUGGUUUGUGGGGGACAAGAGUUGGGGGAGGGUGUUAAGGGGGUUGUGAGGAGGAUUUAUGGGGAGGGGAGGAGGGGAGAUGGGAAGGCAGAUGGGAUUGGAGAGGAGGAUGUUGAGAGGUGGUUUGAUGGGUUGAAGGGGAAAGGGAGGUGGGCUAUGGAUGUUUUUGAUUAG